CAUUGUGAUUGUAUACAAAAAUAUUAUUCAACUAUUGAUAAAAAUUUACAAGAACAAUUAAAUAUUAAAAAUGGUUAUUUACCAAAUUUAACAACAUUAUGUUUAAAACAUUAUGGAUUAAAAACAAUCAAUAAUAUUCAUCGUGAUAGUAUUGAUGGUAUUAAUGAAGAUGAAACAAAAGAAUUAUCGAAUAAUAAUGGCAUAAAUCUUUCGAAAAUAAAAGUUGUAAAUACAUCAUCAACUGUAUAUGGUGAUCUGUCAAAUAAUUUAGUUGAAUUUGCUUUAAUUAAUACUCAUCUUUGUAUUGGUUCAUUACAAAUAGAAUCAUUAGGUAAUUUUGAUUAUCAAACUGAUAAAAAUGAUGAAAAU